CAUGUCAUGUCAAAGUUCAUUUCAGAUUCCAUUGAGUUCGUUCAGUGACUUCCAGUCCAGGAAGCAAUAUUUAUGCUUGCCGAAGUUAGGAGGGAGUUAGUGUAAAUUUUUAGGUGGAUCUGGAUCAGCUGAGUCUUAGUAGAUCUAGAUCUAAUCUAGAUCUAGAUCUAGAAGGGAGAUAUUCUGCGUGGUGUAGAGUUGAUUCGUUUACGUUUUUCCUGCGGAGAUUGAACAAAGUAACAGGCAAACGGCCAUAGUUACGUAGCUGAAGCUGGCUUGUUUUUAAAAAGCUGAACACCAAGUUGACCAAGGCUACUCAAACACACUAAUCGAUCCUUCUAGAUCUAGAUCUGUUGAAACUAUCGCCAGAUCUAAGAAACAAUCAUGGAGGAAAAAAAGUGGAAAAUUUGCACUCACAUUGGCUCUGGUGCUCUCGUCGUUUUGUCAGUCCUCCUGUGCAUAUACACCGGACAAGUGACCUCAAACAGCUACUUGGAACAAAGGUCAAAAAUCAUCAAAGAUGAAGAGAAAUUGUCACUAGGAGGAGAGCUGUCUUUGAGUGCCGAGGAAAAAAUUGUGAAUGACAUUAUAAUGAAGGAGAAAAGGCGACUGAUAGAAUUUAGUCGUUUAAAUGGAACAGAGUUUGUACCAGGGCAAAGUUUUUAUAUUUCUAAACCUAUGAUGGAAAAGACUACAGUGCUGAAGAUCAUCAAACAAAUGCCUAAAGGGGCUGCCCUUCACCUUCAUGACUUAUCAAGUGCCAGCCUGGAUUGGCUGGUUCAGAAUGUGACCUACAGGGACCACUUGUACUUUUGUGUGGAUAACACUACUUUCAUGAUCUUCAAAUUUUUUAGAAAUCCACCACAUAAUCCAGAUUGUCCAUGGAAAUCUGUCCAGAAAGCAAGAGCUAUGGCUGCCAGUGUGAAGGAUUUUGACUCUCUUCUGAAACGUAACAUCAGUUUUCUAGCUGUUGACCCAGUCAGCGAGUACAAAGAUGAUUACCAAGCUUGGAUAAGAUUUAAUAAAUACUUUGAACAGGUGAUUGACAUGAUCUAUUACGUCCCUGUGUUCAGAGACUACGUGUGGCAGACGUUAGUGGAGUUCCGGAGGGACAAUGUACAGUACUUUGAGAUGAGAGCCCAGUUAUUUGGGUUGCUUGAUUUGGAUGGAAACUCCCACGAUGCAGAAUUUGGGCUCAACGUGUACAAAAGUGCCAUUCAGGAGUUUGUGAAGCGGUACCCUGACUUCUCCGGGGCAAAGAUAAUCAUGUCUGGCUUGAGGUUCAAAUCCAAAGAAUUGAUCCUGAAGGAAGUACAAACAGCUGCCACCCUUCACUCUCGCUACCCAAGUAUUUUCUUGGGUUAUGAUUUAGUGGGUGAAGAACCCAACCAAUUCUCUCUGCUUCACUACCUGGAUGAGUUGCUCUACCCCUCAAGACAGAACCCCCCUUACUACCUACCCUAUUUUUUUCAUGCUGGUGAAACCUCAUGGCAAGGCACAGCAGCAGACUACAAUUUAGUAGAUGCCAUCCUUCUAAACACAACUCGAAUUGGACACGGUUAUGCUCUGAGCAAACAUCCUUCUUUGGUGAAACUUGUGAGGGAAAAACAGAUUGCUGUAGAAGUGAAUCCCAUUUCAAACCAGCUUUUAGGACUUGUCAAAGAUGUUCGCAAUCACCCUAUGGUUGGGUUAAUGGCAGACGACUUCCCCAUCGUGAUCAGUUCUGAUGACCCAGCCACUUGGGAAGCUCUCCCACUGUCUCAUGACUUCUAUGUCACCUUCAUGGCUAUGAGUGGAGAAGACGCAGACCUGAGUUUCCUCAAGCAGCUCAUCCUGAAUUCUUUCAAGUACAGUGUGAUGAAACCAGCUGAGAGGAAGCGUGCUAUGGACCUGUGGAAGGACAAGUGGUCUGAGUUUAUCAACAAUGUAGCCCACAUGAAAUUUUGAGUAAAGAAUGACUUGUGAGUCACAGAAAUGUUGAUGAGAUGGACUGGAGCUAAGUACAGAGAGUAUGGCAUGUGGGACAAAAAGAAGGAAUUUUAAGUGAGCUUCACCGAACAGCUUGGGAAUGGAGAUGUGGUGCUUGCUCUACCUGGGUUCAUCAACAGCUGGGUGUCUGUUGGAAGCGUUUCUGUUGAUGAUAUUCUAUUCACAGAGAUAGAUCUGAUUAUAAUUUGAAAUUUUAAUUUUUAUGGCGUUUUGAAUUUACUGUUCAUGGUCUGUUACGGCGUUGCACUACUGUUGCGAUGGGGGUUGCACAGUGUCUCUGUAUUUUUUUAAAAUUUCUGUACAGCCACAGAAAACUUCCCAGAAGGACAUUAUAAUAUUAUCUCAUCUCAUCUCAUCUCGUCUAGUCUCGUCUCAUCUUAUCAUUUAAAGAACACAGCCAGCUAGCAUGGCUAUUUGGCAGAAGAUCAGGGAUCCUCAUACAAACCGUGUGGACAGACCCAUAGCAGUCCCCCUUUCUCAACUUUCUGUCAAAGAGUCGUCCUCCAUACGGUGUUACGGGUAUCUUGUUGAAAAGUUGCCAUAAUAUUUCCAAACUUUUUUCUUUUUUCAGUAGAUUACACUAUACAAUAUAUAGCAUUAUACUUCACGGGGUAAUACAAUUCUGCUUGUGUUUAUUAAUAUUGUAUCUGACACACUAUUUGCUGUGUUCUUUGAUUUUUGAAAAGGAUAAAUCAAUGGUUUCUUUUGCUUAAGCACAUCCUUCUUUUGUUCCUUCAUCAAGAUAAGUUUUGGUUACAAGUCUGUCAGACUUCUCUUUUGUUCUGAUGAAUUUGAUGGAACAGAGCUUUACUCUGCCAUAUGAGGACUGUAAUUCUACAUUUUUAUUAUUCUUUAUAGAAUGGAAUCUAGAGUUAAGAUUUUUUACUGGUUGUGUUAGUUCAAAGAAUUGCAAAGUUAAGUUGAACAAUGUUUGGGCUCAAGCGCUCUUUUGAGAAUAGUACUUAUCUCCAUAACAUAUAUCCAUGCUAUCUUAGGUAACGUGGUCAAGUCUUGAGGGCCCCUAUAUGUUGCUGCUAUGUUGAAUCUAGGGUUAUCUGGUACAUGGAGUUCUACUCUUGAAGCAUAGGAAAUGGACUCUCAGUUUAGAUAAUCUAAAAAAGAAUAGAGAUGAUUUAAUCUUGUGAAACUAAGUUUUCUGUUGUUGGACAUUUCAUGUUCAGUGCCAUCAUUAUUUUUUAAUAUUGUGAUAGCUCAGUUUGUAUUGUGUCACUCUGGUUCGAAUCUCUGUUGGGGUCUUCUUGGACUUGAGUCCCUGGGCUGAUUUAUUAAAGAUGGAGUAAAAUCUGGACAUUUCACCUCUUUAUUAAUCUUACAGUAUUUCCAUAGAUGUGAAACCCAUAUAAUACCAAUACUGAAAUGUUGUCUUGGUCCCUUAUUCCACUUCCAUGAGCUGUUUGGUUAUGCGCUUGUGCAUAUAUACUGGUUUCUUUGCACCCUUGUUUUGUUAGAUCAGAUAUUCACACCCAAGUUUGAAGCCUGUAUUUCGACGAGCUUUGAGUAGAUAGUCACAGAGACAGUUUGUUUUCAGAGAUAUUGAUAUAAGACUGAGGCUAGUCUAAAACUGUUGAAUUUUAGUCAUUUUUUCCCAUUCUCUAAGAACAUUACCUUUCUUCUGUGACUUGCUGUGAAUGGUAGUAUACAACACACACCUGCCUCAAGUGAUAUUUGUUUCGAGUACACUGUUUUUAUCCUAAAUGAGCUUUGCAUAAUAUGUUAUCAAAUGGUUCUGUCCCACUCAGCCUACACUGGCUGUGACCAUGAAUGAAGCAGCCCACCUUCUGAAUGGUUUUUAUUUGUGUUGAUGUGGACAAAAAACAUGCCUACUCACUAGAGUUGGGGCGAGCGGACGGAUGGGUUGGUUACUCACAGACUCAGUCAGAGCGAACAGGUAACGGACGGCCAUGCGAACGAACUGCAAACCUCAAGACUGUCCUUUUUUUGGGUCCACUCCACAAUUUGACUCUCUCAGCGAGCGGACUGUGGACCUCAAGCCUCAAGUCACUUCGUUUUUUGGGUCCGCUCCACAAUUUUAUUCACUGAGCGGGCGGGCGAAUGGACGAACUCUAGCAGAGGAGAUACUCGACGCGAGGUUUGACCCAUCGUCUAGUAUUUGUUAAUUAGGCCUAGAUCUAAUGUUUCAAGCCACUAGCGGCACCACAGGGAGGGAGAGAGGCUGGUGACGUAGUACUAUGUGUGUAACCUUUCUCCUCGUGCGUGGGUCACACUGUACGUUCCAAUUAUCACAAAGGCCGGGGGUGGAGAAAUUUCUGCCAUGAACGCCCAGCUACAAUGUGGGGCAGGAGGGUGAUUUUUUAAUUAAUUUUAUUUUGGGGGGGGCGCUGUAAGUAGUAUGCAAUGGAAGGAGUCGCCACCCGUUCGUCCGCCCGCUCGAAUGCAUGGUGUCUCUCUGUCCGUCCGCCCGUCCGCUCGCUGAACGAACUGUUGUCUCUGUCCGAUGUGUAGCGAGUAGCAAACUACUCUUCACAAGCAGACGGUUCGUUACCCGUCCGCUCGUUUGUGGGUAGUGCCAGCGAGUAGUUCGUUACUCGCGGACGCUAAUUUUCCGAGGGUGACCCAACUCUAAUACUCACAUUGAUGAAUAGCUCGUAUUGAUUUUUUUUUUUUCAUACUCUCACAUAGAAUCUCUGUUCCUCAUUUUGUUUUGUCCAGUUCCAGCAAAUAAUGAAAUUGUUACAUUGCCAUGAGUAAGUAAAUACUCCUGAUAUGGAUGCUUUUGUUGAUUUUUGUUUUCAUAAGUGUUGUUUUGUUUUAUGGAUGGGUUUUGCCAAUGGUUUUAAUGUGAUUUAGUCUAAAAAGGGUAGUGAUAACAACAGCGCUGCAGUCAUUUUUUUAAAGUACAGUAUAUGCAAGUUUUUACAAUUUUACUGGAAAGACAAUAAAACUGAAUGUUGUUACUAAGAAAACAAACUAUUUGCAAACAUCCUGAGUUAAUAUUUUUAAGAAUACAAAUUUUAUGAUAACUUCUUUAUUGUCUUGAAAUAAAAUUCUUGGUAACAGUAUUCAAUUUUAAAAUUCUCCUAUAAAAUUGUAAAAAAAAAAAUGUUUUAUGACGGCAGAGCUUCGAUGAAUUUAAUGGUAGAGUGAGUGCCUCUGUACCAGGCUUACUAAGAUAACAGUGUUGAAAUUAUUGUUUUGUUUGUUAUCUUGUACUGUGAUCGUUUUUUACUUUUAUUUUAAAGAUCUUUCAAACUGCUUUAGGGAAACUAGUUUUCAUAAUGCUAUGAUUUGUUAGCUUUACUAUUGCAAUGUUUUAAAUUUUUCUUUGUCACCAAUGCUUUUCUCCGCCAUUUUGUCCAUUGUUGUUUUUGUAAAUUGUACAUGUUGGCACCUGAAAAUAAGGAUGCAAUUAUGUCUCAAAUUGAAACAUCAACUAGAGUCCUUUUAAGGUAAGGAGUUCAAUAAGGCUACUACUAAUUCAAAGUGAAAUAUCAGCUCAGAACAUUGCUAAGCUCCUAAUAAAUGUAAUCGCUAAGGUAUUGCUUCUGAUGUUGAUAAUGCAGUCAAUGUGGAAGCUUUCUGAGAAUUGGGGACAUUGUCCUAUAUUGUGUACUUUUUGUGAAUUUGAACUGAGUUCAGAAUUGUAUUUUUGCAUCAGAUUUUUAAAAAAGACAGCCAAGUUUUUUUCUUCGUUUUACUGUUGAAUGAUGGUUGUAGUGCACAAUGUUCUAGGCCUGUUACAGUUUGCCAUGGUUUAUUAGAAAUGCCAUACCUGUCCCAAGUGAAAGUUUUCUUUCAGAUAGCUUAACCUUCUAUAAGUAGAUUUCACAUAUUUUUCAUGUUAGAUGCUAAUUGGCAAUCUUUUUUAAGAGCAGAGUUUGUGAGUAGGCCUACAAAUUAAAUUGUUGACAAGUGUUCUGAAGACUUUUAUCGAUUCCGUCUCCCAAUAUUACCCUUCCAAGAGAAACAGAAAAGAGCUCAAUUUUUACUUGUAAGCAGCAGCAGCUGUUUUUUUUUCUCUAUUUUUACUGAGAAUUCUCAUUAUUAUUUUGCGAAGUUUACUAAAUCUUCUCAGAUUUCUGUUUAUCGAUUCCGUCUCCCAAUAUUACCCAUCCAAGAGAAACAGAAAAAAAGCUAAAUUUUUACUUGUAAACAGCAGCAGGUGUUUUUUUUUAAAUCUCUGUUAAUUGGGAAUUCUCAUUAUUAUUGUGCAAAGUUUACUAAAUCUUUUCAGAUUUCUGUAGUGUCUUGUUGAAAAUGCUACUUUGUUCUUGAUCUGAUAUUUGUUUCACUGAGAUCAUAAUAAUAUAUGUAGUAUAUAAUAUUAUAUAUGUUUGUAUAAAGGAUAAAAGGGCUUUUACUUUUAGUAUGUAAAAAUAGCACAAAGCUGAAUGUUGUUUCAAGAGAUGUUUACUGCUGUUGAAUCAAACAGUACUUUUUUGCAAUUCACUUUAUCUACACAAGUGUAUAUAAGCAGAGUAUUUUAUCAAUAAAUAGAAGUUUCAAUACCUUAAAAAGUUAUCUGUUUUUGACUUUCAAGCUCCCAUCUUUUUAUUCUCCCUGUGGUCUAAAGCAUGAACAAAUGAAAGUUUAAAAAAUUUCUCAUGACAAUUAAACUAUGUUUGUAACACAAAA